AUGCUCAACGCCACCGCCGAUUGGCUCGCCGCGCACACCGACGCGCGGGCGGCGUACGUGCACGUCGAGCGCGACAACGUACCCGCCAGACGCGCGUACGAGAAAGCCGGCUUCGCCGCGGAGAGCGCCGAGACCGACGCGGAGGCGCUCGCGCGCGAGAGACCGCCCAGACUACUGCUCCAUCGCGAGAUUACGCGACGAUGA